CCGCGGAGGUGCGGGGAGCGGCGGGCGCCGCGGUCGGCGGGCGGGCGCGCGGCAGCAUGGAGGAGCUGAGCAGCGUGGGCGAGCAGGUCUUCGCCGCUGAGUGCAUCCUGAGCAAGCGUCUCCGCAAGGGCAAGCUGGAGUACCUGGUCAAGUGGCGCGGCUGGUCCUCCAAACACAACAGCUGGGAGCCAGAGGAAAAUAUCCUGGACCCACGGCUGCUCCUGGCCUUCCAGAAGAAGGAACAGGAGAAAGAGGUGCAGAACCGGAAAAGAGGCAAGCGGCCCAGGGGCAGGCCGAGGAAGCACACGGUGAUGUCUUCCUGUAGCCGCCACUCCAAGCUCAAGGAACCUGACACCCCCUCCAAAUGCAAAUCUAGCAGCUCCUCCACCUCGUCCUCGUCCUCGUCCUCUUCCUCAGAUGAAGACGAUGACAGUGACUUAGAUGCCAAGAGGGGUCCCCGGGGCCGUGAGACCCACCCAGUGCCUCAGAAGAAGGCGCAGAUCCUGGUAGCCAAGCCAGAACUGAAGGACCCCAUCCGGAAAAAGCGGGGCCGCAAGCCCCUGCCCCCGGACCAAAAGGCAGCCCGGAGACCCGUGAGCCUGGCCAGGGUGCUAAAGACGGCCCGGAAGGACCUGGGGGCGCCGGCCAGCAAGCUGCCCCCUCCACUCAGUGCCCCUGUGGCCGGCCUGGCCGCCCUGAAGGCCCAUGCCAAGGAGGCCUGCGGCGGCCCCAGCACCAUGGCCACGCCGGAGAACCUGGCCAGCCUGAUGAAGGGCGUGGCUGGCAGCCCCAGCCGCGGUGGUAUCAGCUGGCAGAGCUCCAUCGUGCACUAUAUGAACAGAAUGAGCCAGAGCCAGGCCCAGGCUGCCAGCCGACUGGCACUCAAGGCCCAGACCGCCAGCAAGUGCAGCCUCGGGCUGGAUCUCAAGGUGAGGACGCAGAAGGGGGAGCUGGGGGUAAGCCCCCCAGGAAGCAAAGUCCCAAAGGCCCCCAGCAGCGGUGCUGUGGAGCAGAAAGUGGGGAGCGCAGGGGGCCCCCCACACGUCCACAGCAGCAGCAGAGUCCCUGCCGGUUGCCUGGGCCCCCAGCCUGCACCCACCCAGGAGCUGAGUCUCCAGGUCCUGGACUUACAAAGUGUCAAGAAUGGCACACCUGGGGUGGGCAUGGUCGCCCGCCAUGCCACAGCCACCAAGAGUGUCCCUGCCACCAUGCCAGGCACUGGGAAAGGUGCUGGGGCUGGCCUCACUGGGGGGAGCGGGGCCGGCAUGCUGUCCAACACCAGCAAGAGUGAGAAGCUGGCCUCCAGGGCGGCCACUCUGCCCACUCCUGCAGGCAAGAGGGACUGUGUCAAGGGCAGUGCAGCCGUCGGAGGGCAGGAGCUGGGCCCUGGGGCCCCAGGAGACGGGCGCAAGGUGGCCGUGCUGUCCGAGAUGAGCACCGGCGAGGAGAACAGCAGCUCCGACUCGGACCCCGACUCAGCUUCGCCAGCCGGCGCCGAGCAGAACCCGUCAGUGUCUGUGCAGACCAGCCAGGACUGGAAGCCUCCCCGGAGCCUCAUCGAGCACGUCUUCGUCACCGAUGUCACUGCCAACCUCAUCACAGUCACGGUGAAGGAGUCCCCCACCAGCGUGGGCUUCUUCAACCUCAGGCAUUACUGACCGCCGCCGCCACUGCCGGGGCCUCCCCUGCCCUUCUCUGGGCUCUGCUUUUGCUCCCAUAAGUGAUCCAUGCCCCAAAUCCUCUGCAGGGGCCAGGUGGCCUCCUUCCAGGGCAGGCUUGGAAGGCCUCCUCCCGGACCCCAGCCUUGCCUGUGACAUCGGGCCAGGGCAGUACCUUGAUGCCUUGCCAGGGCCGGGCCUGGCCCUGUUCCUACCUCUGGGCCUUCGCUUCUCCUCACUUCCCGUUGGCCUCCGGAAAUCUGGGCCACCACCUGUGGCCGGAGCCAACCGUCUGAACUGCGUGUGAUGAUGGUGGUGGGCGGCUUUCCUCCCGAUUUCCCUGCGGACGCAGGUCAGAAGAGGGAGCUUCUCGGGAUCCAGCUUGGCUGUUCCUGCCCAAUGGUGGCGAGAGAAAAUGUAUUGGGGGGUAGGUGGGAGUGACAACUGCAGCCCCCAUUGUUGGGCUGGAAGGGGCAAGUCCCAGCACUGUUGCACCUGAAGAGCCUCUGAGUUUUGGGCAGCAGAAGGAGAAGGGUACGGCGCUAGCUGCCCUCCUUUCUGCUGGCCUGUGCAAGGACUGCCUCAGUCCUAACCCUGGCCCCAUAGGCUGUCCCCAGCCCCCGAGGAAGGUAGCAGUGAGUGAGGGCAGGUGCUGGAAGGGGGUCCCCCCACACCCUGCAGGCUGCCUGCUGCUGGGUGGGGGUUGGGCUGCGGUUCCCACCCAUGGAGAUGGCACCACCUUUCCCUGACAAUCCUCCCACUUCGGGGGUUCCAUGUUCUUCCCAGCUGGCAAGCUGUACCAUUUGGGAAAUGGGACAGAAUCCUAGUGGCCCUCCUGGCAGAGAGCCCCCAGAAAGGCUGCAUCUGCUCACCCAGCUGCCCCCUCAGGUGGCGGCGUUGGGAGCUAGCUGCCUGAAGGUCUCCUGAGCAGCAGCAGAACUUACGGGGCAGAGGCGGGGCAGCACAUGGGGUCACUGGGUCUUUGUGAUGCCAAAAAGAAAAGGGGGGUUUGGGGGUUCCCUUUCUCAUUGCAGUUAUUGGUUCAAGUCAACCGAUAGAUGUGGGGCUCCUCCUUAAUCCCCAAAGCCUGAGUGCAGGGAAGAGCCCAAACUUACGGAGGAGGCUACGGUUCCUGCUGCCUGGGCCUGUUGCAGCCCCUAACCCUCCAUGCCAAAUAGGACGACAUGGUCUUUGUGUAGCCAAAACCAUUUCAGCAGUGUGCCUUUGGGGACAGCCCAUGUCCAGGACCUCCGAGGGACAUCCAGAUGCAGCAGGAAUGGUGCCCACCUUGGCAGACUUUGAGGGCUUGGAGUCCCAGACAACCAGGCGGAAACUGGAAAGGGGGAACUAGAGGGGAGACAUACCCUCCACUGUCUCGGCAGGGAGCAAGCAUCCAGCUCACUGCACAGCCUGAAAGAAAGGGACCCAGCAUACUGGGCCACUGGCUCCAGCCUCCCCUGGGUUGUCCCCCCUCCCCAGAGGGGAGCUGACAGCCUUCCUUUCCUGAGAGGCUCCGCGCUGCCUUAGAGGCUGCAAAGCCAGGCCUACAGCAGCUCCCCUCCAAGCCUAUGGGGCGACCCUGGGCUUCCGGGCACUGUGGGCUGACCUGACACCCCCAGCAGCCAGGUCUCCAACCCCGACAUGGUGCCUUUCUGUUUACCAGCUAUUUCAAUCCCAAAGUUUGAAUCUGCAAACACCUUACUCUAGCCACUUCUGGCUGUGUUGUGUUUUUCUUGUUUGUGACUCCAAGCGGUUUGUGUUUAUGUGGGCGCGAGUGCAGGUGUGACAGCCUUCGCUGGAGUUGGACCAGGUGCUCAGAGUUGGUCGUGUUUACCAAUAAAUAAAAUUAGUACUUUUUUAUUUGCUGCUAUGUGUGUGUGUGCUCGUGUGUUCAGCCAUCAGUCAAACGUCCGAUGAGAUUCCUUGCUUCUCUGUUCCACAGGGGUUCCGACCUACCUGACUGCAUGGAAUGCAUCACAGUGUAUAUUGAAGGGGUGUUUUAAUCCU